UUCAAAUAAUUCAAACUAUUUUGUCUGACAAAGACUCCCAAUUCCCUUCCUCAAUCUCUGCCGAUCAACCCCAAAUAAUGCCUAAAACCUUCAAUAUACUCCCUUAACUUCAACCACCCAUCUACCUUCUUCUCUCAUUCAAUCUCUUUUCACCUCUUCAAGUCGCCAUUAAUAUACUCUGAUUCUCGGAACAAAGCUCUGCAUCAGGUCUCUGGUGUUUGUUUUUUUUAAUUUCUUAUAAUCUCAUUUAGAUUCCCUAGUUCUGUAUAUGAUCUUAGGCUUGUGUAUGAGUAUGAUUCUCCUACAUUGAAGCUCAAUCGUCUUUCCACUAGACUUCUAUAGUUGCAGUUGAUCCCUUUUUUGCGGGUCUAACUUCAAAAUGCAGUCUUGAAAAUAUCUUUUGUGUUAAAUCCUGUACGACAAUUCGGAGAUACAAUGGGAUCUGGAAACGGAUUUUACUCGACUAAUGAGGAGUUUAAUUUGGAAGCAAAGUGGUUAAUUGAUCCGAAACUUCUUUUUGUCGGUCCAAAGAUCGGUGAGGGUGCACAUGCCAAAGUCUAUGAGGGCAAGUAUAAAAACAUGAAUGUUGCAAUUAAAAUUGUAAACAAAGGCGAUACACCUGACAGCAUUGCAAAAAUCCAAGGCCGAUUUGUGAGAGAAGUUGCAAUGUUAUCUAAAGUGCAACACAAGAACUUAGUAAAGUUUAUCGGAGCAUGUAAAGAACCAGUGAUGGUGGUAGUAACUGAGCUUCUUACUGGUGGAACAUUAAGGAAAUACAUGGUGAAUAUGCGACCAAAGGGGUUGGAUAGAAAAAUUGCUAUAGGUUUUGCACUUGAUAUAGCUCGUGCAAUGGAGUGCUUACACUCACAUGGGAUCAUUCAUCGCGACUUAAAACCAGAAAACUUGCUGUUAACAGCAGACCACAAAAUGGUAAAACUUGCUGACUUUGGUUUGGCCAGAGAAGAAACAUUAACGGAAAUGAUGACUGCAGAAACCGGAACAUACCGGUGGAUGGCUCCAGAGCUUUACAGCACUGUAACACUGAGGCAGGGUGAGAAGAAACAUUACAACCACAAAGUUGAUGCUUACAGCUUUGCAAUUGUGUUAUGGGAGCUUAUACAUAAUAAGUUACCAUUUGAGGGGAUGUCAAAUCUCCAAGCAGCCUAUGCUGCUGCUUUCAAGAAUGUGAGGCCAAGUGCUGAGGAUCUCCCAGAGGAUUUGGCUUUAAUUGUGACGUCUUGUUGGAAGGAAGAUCCAAAUGCGCGUCCAAAUUUCAGUCAAAUAAUUCAGAUGCUAAAUCAUUAUUUGUCUGCCAAUUUGCCACCUGAACCGGGGCCCACGGUGAAGGAACACAAAAAACAACAAUGGAAAAUAGCCCCCGAGGUGUUUUUUCUUGUUUUUAUCGGUGUUGGUAAUGGUGGAAUGAUGAAAGCUUACUUAAAAGGAGCAAGGAAGAUGGAGGAAAAGAGUAAAAAAUUAAUCAAACACCACCCCAAGCACCCUCAAACACCACCAGUCGCCAUCCACAGUUCCUCCAACCACCUCCUCUCACCAAGGUUGCCGGAAAAACGAGAAAGAAGGAAACCCGACAACCCACUGCCACCAUCCUCCAUAACUGUUAUUGUCGAAAUCCUUUCCCUUUCAUCUCCAACUCGUCACUUUCGUCGAACAGAAGCAGGAACGAAGCAGCAAGAGACCGUCGAAGCAGCUUCCUGUCGCACGUCGCCACCAGCUGCCGCUGCAAAUUUCUGA